UCCGAUCCCUGCCCCGACCGCGCCGCUCUCGCCGCAGUGCAAAACAUUCCCAUCUACUCCGCCGACGGAACCGCCCAUCCCUUCGGCUCCAUCUACGAUCCCGCUCUCGCCCAGCACACCCGCCAACUUGUCCUCUUCGUCCGUCACUUCUACUGCGGCGCCUGUCAGGCAUUUCUCCAAGCCAUGACCGCUUCCAUCAGCAACGCCGACUACUUUGCUAUCCCAGUACCUACCUCCAUCAUCGUUAUCGGCUGCGGCGCGCCCGAACUCAUCCCGCAUUAUAAACGCUUCACCGGCUGUCCGUGGCCCAUCUACGCCGAUCCGACGAGGGCAUUGUUCAAGAAGCUGGGAAUGUCCAUUUCGAUGAAUCUUGGUCUCGAAAGGCCAGAGUACAUGAAGGACAUCUCCUCAGCGCAAUGGGGAGCGGGACAGAUCAGGCAGAUCCGGGAAGAGUUGAAGAACCCCGAAGGAAUGCGGGCGGACGGCCUAAGGAAGAGAGAUAUCCUGUUGAAAGGUGGACAUCCGAUGCAGAUUGGUGGGGAAUUCUUGUUCGAAGAGGGGAAUGUCGUGUGGUGUCAUCGCAUGAGGAAUUAUCGUGGGCACACUGAGAUCAAGGUGAUCAGGAAAUUGUUGGAAUUGGAG